AUGGAGGUCACCGACAUCAACGUCAAGCUGUCAGACGAGCCGGCAACUAUCAACAGCUCUCCAGAGGAUGAGGGUUGGCUCGUGAAGGUGAAGUUCUCCGGUGAUGCCAGCUCCCUGAUGGAUCGUGCUGCCUAUGAGAAGCACCUGGAGUCUGAGAAGACGGAGGAGUGA